CAAUUGGAUAUGGCUCACCAUGCACAUCUCUUCUGACAUCUUUUUGAUAUCAGCGACCUGAACUAACUAGACUGAGCGAGCCGCUCGCAGGUGCACCUUUGUGCUCUGCAUCUUCGAUCCUCGUGUGACCACUAUCUUCACUGCUUGCUGUGACAUAUAGGAUAACCCCCGUGCCAUCGUGUGAAGCACUCAGGCUAUCGCGACGAUGGCGUCGGCCUUUGCCUUCCUCGAGACCCCGAACCGCGGCGUACCUGACCGCAGACAUUCAACUGAGCAUCUUGGAGUGUCCUCGACUUCCUUGUCGCGAAACAGUAGCAGCGCCUCCUUGUCAUCUCGCAAAUCGGAGCCCGGAUGGUUCAGCGCAAUGAACAAUAUGGAUCGAAGUCGCGCCUCCUCUGUCCCGGUGCAUACGGCCAAAUCGCCCAGUGGAUUUAGCAAGCUAUUUGGCAGGAAAGAGAAGAAGGAGAAGAAGGACAUGGAUCACAUCAUCCUCACCUCUCGACAUGCAGCCGCUGUCAAGACCAAACUGGCAUUGGAUCCGAAAUACAAGAACGUGCGCAGAGAUUCGCCCUCUACUGAACAUCUUUCGGGUUCCCAGAACAUCUUGCAUGUUAGCGCUGGUGAACUGGAGAUGAGGCGUCCGCACUCCGGAUCGCCCUCGCUUCAUGCAGCACGCAACAAAACUGACAUGCCUGCCCUCACGCGCAUUAUCAGCGGGGAUGAAGCCGAUGAACCAGAUGAGUGGGAGAAGAUGCGGGACGAAUGGCGGCAACGCAAAAUUCCUACACUGGACACGCAGAUCAUUGAAGGCCAAGUGCUGGACAGCCAAGUUUCGGGACAAUCGACGCCCGCAGAAAAGGACUCGAAGGAGGCCCUAACACCACCGCCGCAAAUCACUGAACUCCAAGCCACCAGGAUCCUUUCGACCACAACCAUAGGCGACGACGAAUAUCAGCCGCGACCAGCGAGGACCCAUACGCCAAUCGGUGGGCGAUGGAAAAAGGAUGAGAAGGGUGUUUGGAAGAGAUGAGGCGUCUUGGAACUCUGAAUGCAUCACCUUCCACUUUCGCCCAUCAACCGCGUUCGGAUCAAAUCUCGUACCUUGAUCUCAGAUUGCUUUGGGAAGAGCGAUACGAUAAUACUACGGCAACUCUGCAACAUGGCACCAUACCAAGCCACCUUACCCGAGCCCGGGAUCAAUCGCCAGACUUGGAGCGAUGUGGAUGUUGAUAUAGGAAAGGAGCACUGUCUAUUCGUGGAAUGCUAUCGGCUGAGUGAGGAAAGUUUCUAUCCAUUUCUCUAUAUCCCCGAACAGCGACUCUACCGAGCCUGGUUCGAACUCCUGCAUCGGUGCUGUGGCAGUUGGAUCGGACUGCUUGCUCACUGAGGAAGUCAUUUUCAGCACGAUAAAAAUGCCGAAUGUUCGAGCUUACACUAGCUCUCCUCGGCGGUCGGUUGGGAGAGGACAUUCUCUCAACACGCUGGAUAUUCUCAGAUGCUGAGCAUUCCCUUGGCUACUCCAUCAUCUGGGCCUGAGAGGAACAGCAUCGACGAGGAAAUCUUCAGUCACAGGCGUAAAGAGCAGGGCUCGUAUUACAAUGGUUUAAGUCGCCUAUUGCAUGUGACCCAAACUGAGAAGUUAAUCGCAAAAUGUGGAACUGGCGGUCGCUGAUUGCAAAGUACAUAGGUACCCAGCAUAUACUCCGUAAUGAUUAAUAGAUGAAGGGUGACCUUCAUUGAUAACAGAUAUUUCGUCCAUCUUUGGAAAGCGGU